UCAUGCUGCUGCCAGGUCUAGAGUGUGUCAUGGGUCCCUGUACGGCCUCCCAUUGCUGCUGUCUCCAUCGCCACACUCUGCCAUAUGCCACUUUCAGGUCUCUUCACACUGCUGGUGGGUUCCAUUUUGUCAUAGGGUGCUGGCAGAUUACGGGCCUCCCAUUGCUGCUGCCAGGCCCGUAAUCUGCCAUGGGCCCCCGUACCGACUCCUCAUGCUGCUGCCAGGUCCAGAGUGUAUCAUGGGUCCCUGUACGGCCUCCCAUUGCUGCUGUCUCCAUCGCCACACUCUGCCAUGUGCCACUUUCAGGUCUCCUCACACUGCUGGUGGGUUCCAUUUUGUCA